AUGUUCUCAGAAGGCGCAACACUACUGCGGCACAAACGGAUAUCAGAAUCUGUGCUGUCUUUCUUCUUGGUCAUUAUCAUGAUGCACGACAGCUCCGACUCGACAUCUGUCAAGCCUAAUCCGGCUCCGUUCACGGUUGCUGUAGCUAGCUUCGCGAACAAGUUCUGCAUUGGUACACUCUAUGCUCUAAGCACGCUCCAGGCACAGCUAUCUGACUAG